CUGCGCCUUGCCUCGUCGUCUCGGCCAGGGGCUCCUCCUCUUCUCGUGAGUCCACGGCCGCCAUUGGCGCUGUACGUUUCCGAGCUCUGAUUGGGGAAGAGUACAGAAGAUGGUCGUGCACGAGUUCACCGUUGAUCUCAGCAAGCCUCUUGUUUUCCAGGUUGGCCAUCUCGGGGAACAUUACCAGGAAUGGGUUCACCAACCUAUCGUCAGCAAAGAAGGCCCACGCUUUUUCAGAAACGAUGUAAUGGAGUUCUUGACACUCACGAAAUGGUGGGUUGUGCCAGUCAUAUGGCUACCUGUCGUCUACUGGCUGUUUGCCAAGUCUAUUCUGAUGGGUCAUACUAUACGGGAAGUAGUUCUGAUGGCCCUAUUUGGCGUAUUUGUAUGGACAUUGAUUGAGUAUACCUUGCACCGCUUCCUAUUCCACAUCGAGACGAAAACCUAUUGGUCAAACACAGCACAUUACCUUAUUCAUGGAUGCCAUCAUAAGCACCCGAUGGACUCACUCAGACUUGUGUUUCCUCCUGCUGGAACAGCAAUUUUGUGUGUGCCGUUCUGGAACAUAGUUGCGUUCUUUGCAACUCCAUCCACCACUCCUGCACUAUUUGGCGGUGGCCUGUUGGGGUAUGUGAUGUAUGAUUGCACCCACUACUACUUGCACCAUGGACAGCCAUCCAAAGAUCCAGCAAAGCAUCUCAAGCGGUAUCACCUUAACCACCAUUUCAGAAUCCAGGACAAGGGCUUCGGCAUCACCUCAUCGCUCUGGGACGCCAUCUUCGGUACUUUGCCUUCAUCCAAGAUCACUGUGAAGUACAACUGACACGCAUAACAUGUUAUUUGCAUUUGAAAGUUUAGUAGAGGAGUUGUACAUUAAGGUUAGGCAUAAAGGUCCUCUUGUCUUUCUGCUUUGGGUUCCAUGUCUACUCUGUCUGAGUUCCAUUGGUGUGCUCAUGUCUGUUCUGAAUUGAAGAUAUUUGUUUGAUUGCGUCAAAAUUUCAUCCCCAGCCAACGGGCUAUUCUUGGUAGCCGAUUCUAUGAUCAUCUGCAUGUUAGGAUUCAUAGUUAUAUUCCUUCGUCAUCACCUGUCAUUGUUUUUUCCCUUGUUUGGUUCAAGUUCUUCAGUUGUUCAGAGUAUGAUGCGAGACGCU